GGGGCGGGGAACUCCUCUCGGCGCUUACGUCUGUCAAGGAGCGGCAGCGGCCGCUGCGAGAGAUAAAGUACAAGGCGAGCGGCGGGGCUGGGGGCAGAGCCGGGAGCCACCGCGAUGGGAAGCAGCUCCCCGCAGCACCGGCAGCGGCGGCCCAGCUAGGGGGGGCGGCGGGACGCGCAGCGCGGCGGCGGCGGCGGCUCCUCGGCGGCAGCAGCCGGGCGCAGCCCCCCCGGCCCUCCGCCUCUCGCUCGCCUUUUGCGGCGGGGCUUGGAUUUAGGGAUAAAGUGGGAGGAGGAGGGGGGGGUCGCUGCCAUUUGUUUACCGCGGAGGGGGGAAGCCCGCCGGGGGAAGCGAGCCCGGCCGGCGGCUGGGCGGAGGAGGGGGGGAGGCGCGGGGAGCCCCCAGCAGCGUGGCCGUUUGGGGGGGCGCGUGGGGGAGGGUGGCGGAGGAGGGCCGGGGCUGGCCGCCGCGGAGCUGGCCCUAGAUGACUGCAGAAGCGCAGCAGGCUCUGUCCUCUCAGCCCCCUCCUCCUCCGGCGCAGAGCAGCUACGGCCCCAUGUCCUCCGUGGCCGAGAAGCAGCCGCAGAGCUCGGCCAUGGACGCCGCCUCCGCGGCGCCCGCCGGGGCGGCCGGCAGCGCCCCGGGCAGCGGCGGCGCCGCGGGCGGCGGCGGCCCCAAGGCGAAGAAGACCAACGCGGGGAUCCGGCGGCCGGAGAAGCCGCCCUACUCCUACAUCGCCCUCAUCGUCAUGGCCAUCCAGAGCUCGCCCUCCAAGCGGCUCACGCUCAGCGAGAUCUACCAGUUCUUGCAGAGCCGCUUCCCCUUCUUCCGCGGCUCCUACCAGGGCUGGAAAAACUCCGUGCGCCACAACCUCUCGCUCAACGAGUGCUUCAUCAAGCUGCCCAAGGGGCUGGGCCGCCCGGGCAAGGGCCACUACUGGACCAUCGACCCGGCCAGCGAGUUCAUGUUCGAGGAGGGCUCGUUCCGCCGCCGGCCGCGCGGCUUCAGGAGGAAAUGCCAGGCGCUGAAGCCCAUGUACAGCAUGAUGAACGGGCUCAGCUUCAACCACCUCCCCGAGAGCUACAGCUUCCAGGGCUCCGCCGGCGGCCUCUCCUGCCCCCCCAACAGCCUCUCCCUCGAGGGCGGCUUGGGCAUGAUGAACGGGCACUUGGCCGGCAACGUGGACGGCAUGGGCCUGCCGGGACACUCCGUGCCCCACCUGCCCGCCAACGGCGGCCACUCCUACAUGGGCAGCUGCGCCGGCUCCGCGGCGGGCGACUACCCGCACCACGAGAGCUCCGUGCCCGCCUCGCCGCUGCUCGCCGGCGGCGGCGUCAUGGAGCCGCACUCGGUUUACUCGGGCUCGGCCUCGGCGUGGGCGCCCUCCGCCUCGGCCGCCCUCAACAGCGGCGCCUCCUACAUCAAGCAGCAGCCGCUGUCGCCCUGCAACCCCGCCGCCAACGCGCUCCCCUCCGGCCUCUCCGCGCACUCCCUCGAGCAGCCCUACCUGCACCAGAACAGCCACAACGCCGCCGAGCUCCAAGGCAUCCCGCGGUAUCACUCGCAGUCUCCAAGCAUGUGCGACAGAAAGGAAUUCGUCUUCUCUUUCAACGCCAUGGCCUCCUCCUCCAUGCAUUCGGCGGGCAGCGGCUCCUAUUACCACCAACAAGUGACAUACCAGGACAUCAAGCCGUGCGUUAUGUGAUACGGGGCGGAAAAGCCGCCUCCUGGGGCCCCCGAGGCCUGACCCGGGCGCCGAGCCCCCCCGGGCCGCCCCCGGGAGCCGCUCCGCGGAGCGGGCUCUCUCCGGCCUCGCGCUGCCCGGGCGCCGCCGCCGCGGGGAGCAGCCGGACGCCCGGGACGGCGGUGCGCGGCCGCGGAGAGCCGCGUGCGGGCCGCGGGGCUGCGCCGGCCCCCGCUCCCAACACGUGUCUUUGAUCAAGGACGGUCUCUGCCUUCUUCUGCUCUGCGGUCGGGGUGCGACGGGCUGGCGAACCGGGGCAGGGAGAACCGAAGCAGCCCCCAGACCUCUGCCGCCGCCUCCCCGAGAUCCCCGGCUGCAAUUUGGGGUUAAGACUUUAACGAAUGAGGUUCCGAAUUAUUUUUUUUUUAAGUUGGUAAUGGAUUCGUGUAAGCAAAGCGUUCAGCGACGCCGCUUGGUAGGGGCAGAGCCGCAGCGAGCUCCAGCCUCGGCCGGGCCCUCGGGGCGGCCGGCUCGGCCCAUCCCGGGUCCAGCGGCGCGGAGCGGGGUCGCGCCCGGCCCCUUCCCCCAAACGCUUCAGCCCGUCUCAGUCCGAGCCCCUGCUUCCGAGAAAAACUUUUUUUUAUUUUUAUUUUUUUUGCUGGCAAACACGCAGCCGGCAAAAAAUCUCUCAGAGGGAUUUUUUUUUUAGCUAUUAUUAUUUUUUUGCCUGCAUAAAGACUGCAGGAUCAGACCCUAUGCAGAGAGAAUAAGGCACUUUGAAAAGAGACAGCCAUGCUCCUUCUGUUAUUUAUUCUUCAUUUUUUUUGUUGUUGCUAAUAAUCGAGACACGAGUAGUCUCAGUUGAUCAGUAUUAAAGCGGUGGAUCUCUGUUGGCAAUAUUUGCCAUAUAGAUUUUUUUUUUUUAGUUAACCUUUGUAAAUUUUAAAUCGAUCAUGGUCUCUGUGUAAAGACAAUCCUCCAUAUGUUUUUAUAGAAAUAUAUAUAUAAUGAAGGAUUAUUCCCCUCCGUCUCCCCUCUUUUUUUUUGGCCCUCUUUGUACAGUUUGAUGACACCUAUUUUAAUUUCUUUCUGCACUGUAUAAAAUUGUAAUUAUUUUUUUUUUUGGCCCAGCCCUUUUGUGUACGUUUGUCCCUAAGGAAAAAAAAAUCGAACCAAAAUAAAACAUGUAUGUUAUUUGUA